CCCACAAGACUCUGGCGGGACUCUACCACUCGGACCACGCCGCUUGCCAGCUCGCAGCGCUUUGACGGCUACCUGGAGCCUCCCGGAACCCCAUACCUAGCCUCUGUGUGCCCAUUUCACAGAUCGCUCUGGGCCCUGACCUCUCUGUUCGCUCCUCUGUCAGCAGCCAUCCGUGACCAGACUUCCUUGCCGCGGACGGUCGCUGGAUCAGCGGUCAGCGCCCUAGACCCAGCGGAGAUCACUGCCCUCGAGGCCCAGACGGGAUCAGAGGAGAAAACUUAGAAACUUUUCGAUGUUUGAGGCAGAGAAGCUGGAAACCUGAAAGUCGGUUGCAUGUAAUUCUAAAAGUUCCUCCCUCUCGCUGUCAUUACCUUCUGCUGCCACAAAGUGAACCAGUCAUCAGGGAAGGCAGAGCCCCUCUGGCCUCGAGGGCACCCUGCUUCGGAGAGCCACGCUAGCCUGUAGGCAGAGCCUUGUGGUCCGCCUAGGUAUUAACCUUGGGCUGUCUGACCAGUCCCUCUUCUGUGCCUUGUCUGAGGUUUUGGUCCAUACCUGAUCCUGGGCAGCUUCUCCCUGGGCUGGAUCGCCUUAAGCGGGAAACUGAAGCCAUUACUCUCCAAACCCUGUUUCAUCUUCCCAAGCAUGUCGGAGAGCUGGCAGCAGCCCCCGCAGACGCAGCCGCAGCAGCCGCAGCCACCACAGCCUCAGCACCACGCAGAGCCCCCACCGGCCCUGGCUGAGCACACCCUGCCCCCGGGCUCGGCUGAGAACCCCCUGGGCUGUGCGGUCUACGGCAUCCUCCUGCAGCCAGAUCCGGGCCUCCAGCCCCCGCAGCACGCGCCCCUGCAGGCGGCCAGCGAGCCGGGCCCCAAGUGCGGCGUGUGUGGCCACGACCUGGCGCACCUGUCCAGCCCGCACGAGCACCAGUGUCUGGCGGGCCACGAUCGCUCCUUCCAGUGCACGCAGUGUCUCAAGAUCUUCCACCAGGCCACGGACCUGCUGGAACACCAGUGUGUGCAGGCCGAACAGAAGCCUUUCGUCUGCGGUGUCUGCAAGAUGGGAUUCUCACUGCUCACGUCACUGGCGCAGCACCACAGCGCGCACAGCGGCACGAGCGGCCUGGUGAAGUGUUCUAUCUGCGAGAAGACCUACAAGCCGGCGGAGGCGGCAGAACCCGCGGCCGCCGCCGCCGCCACCCCCCUACCCCCAGCCCCCGCGCCGCCGCCGCCACCGCCGCCGCCCGCCGUGGCCCCUGGAGAGCAGGCGGACAAGCCCUACAGCUGCCCCAUCUGCCAGAAGCCCUUCAAGCACCUGUCGGAGCUGUCGCGGCACGAGCGCAUCCACACAGGCGAGAAGCCGUACAAGUGCACGCUGUGUGACAAGAGCUUCAGCCAGUCGUCGCACCUGGUACACCACAAGCGCACGCACAGCUCAGAGCGGCCGUACAAGUGCGCCGUGUGCGAGAAGACCUUCAAGCACCGCUCGCAUCUGGUGCGCCACAUGUACGCGCACUCGGGCGAGCACCACUUGUUCCGCUGCAACGUGUGUGAGCUGCACUUUAAGGAGUCCUCGGAGCUGCUGCAGCACCCGUGCACGCCGAGCGGGGAGCGGCCGUUCCGCUGCGGCGAGUGCCAGAAGGCCUUCAAGCGGCCGUCGGACCUACGGCAGCACGAGCGCACGCACAGCGCAGAGCGGCCCUUCAAGUGUGACCUGUGCCCCAUGGGCUUCAAGCAGCAGUACGCGCUCAUGCGCCACCGGCGCACGCACAAGGCCGAGGAGCCGUUCAAGUGUGGCCUGUGCGAGAAGGGCUUUGGGCAGCCCAGCCACCUGCUCUACCACCAGCAUGUGCACACCCUUGAGACCCUCUUCAAGUGCCCCGUGUGCCAGAAGGGCUUCGACCAGUCGGCCGAGCUGCUGCGGCACAAGUGCCUGCCGGGCGCGGCUGAGCGGCCCUUUAAGUGCCCCGUGUGUAGCAAGGCCUACAAGCGCGCGUCCGCCCUGCAGAAGCACCAGCUGGCGCACUGCUCGGCUGCCGAGAAGCCGCUGCGCUGCACCCUGUGCGAGCGCCGCUUCUUCUCGUCCUCUGAGUUCGUGCAGCACCGCUGCGACCCGGCCCGCGAGAAGCCGCUCAAGUGCCCGGACUGCGAGAAGCGCUUCAAGUACGCGUCCGACCUGCAGCGGCACCGGCGGGUGCACACGGGUGAGAAGCCCUACAAGUGCCCCAACUGUGACAAGGCCUUCAAGCAGCGCGAGCAUCUCAACAAGCACCAGGGGGUGCACGCCCGCGAGCAGCAGUUCAAGUGCGUGUGGUGUGGCGAGCGUUUCCUGGACGUGGCCCUGCUGCAGGAGCACAGCGCCCAGCACAGUGCUGCCGCAGCGGCUGCGGAGGGCGCCUACCAGGUGGCUGCCUGCCUGCCCUGAGUGCCGCCCAAAUGCGCGCCUCCGAGCGCCCCCAACGGCCCCUGCCCCGCACUCUACCCGCCGUGCCCUCCGCCGGAGGGUAUGGGCAGAGGCUGGGUGGGGGUGCCCAGCACUCCUGGUACCGGCCUGGAGGUAGGGUGUGGGGAGCCAGAUUGCUGUGGCUGGCCCUGAUCCCACAAACCUCUUUCCCAUUACAGGAUUCCCUUACUUGAGAGCCAUCAGCCUCCCUUAUCUCUGGGGGCCUAGAACCAGGCUGGAAGUCAAGUGGACUGUCUCAAUCCACCCCAGGGAGGGAUUGGUGCCAGCCCCACCUCCCCAAACUUUUCAGCCUAAUUAGAAACCAGAUGGGGUAGGAAAGAGGAUGGUCGAGGUCAGGCGUGGGAGAAGGGCUAGAUCCUGUUUGUGGGCUGGAUGUAGGGCAGCUGUCCUCCAAGUCCUGUUUGAGGGAGCAGGCGGCUUUGUGAUAUAGUCCUGGGGACCAGGAAGGGCAGACGGUGAGCCUGAGCCGCAGGCCUCUUCGUCUGCUCCAGCUAGGGACCGGUGUGGCCUCCCAGGGGAGGGCUGCACAUCUGUGAGUGGGGUGGGCCUGGAGAGAAUCAGCCCCUCCAGAAGGAAGGAGGCAGAGAAGUUGUCCCGUGACACACUCAGCCAGGGACAGUGCUGUCCACAGGGAGAGGAGGAAAGGCAGCUUUCGUACUGAGGGCUGCUCCUGCUAUACAGAAAACGCCCCUCCUACCUUUGCAGCAUGGUACCAAGCUCUGGGGAGUUUGUUCUUGGCCUGACAGAACUACUGAUGUGGAAGAAGGGGACUGUUAGACCACCUUGGUGCCUGGGAGGAAGCAGGGCCAAGUCCAUGAUCUUACCAGUGGACGGAAACAAGUGCCCUCCCCCUUGAAUGUGUGAACCAAAGUGUCAAGGGCGGCCCCAAACAGCUUGCCCCAGCUCUGCUUCUGGGCUAAGACCAGGCCUGGGCACCCAGGGUGGGGGAAGUGCUCUCCUAGUGACUCCACAGUGCUCUCCUAGCCCCUGGGAAUCCUCACCAUCAGUCUGCUGGGCCUGGACCCUGGGGGUCUUUCGCUGCCAAGCCAAGGUGCCCUGGACAUUAUCCUCUGACUUCCAAGGCCAGAGAUUCUCUCUGGGGUCCUCCGGGGGUCCCUGUAGGUCUCUGCCUGCCCACAAGGGCUCAUGGAGUUAGGGGUGCCCAGAGUAAUAGGGAGCAGGCCAAGGAAGGGGUUGUUAAGGGAGCCAGUAGGUGCCUGGAGUUGACUGAGAUUGCUGGCCGGCGGGGGUGGGGGCCCUCGGGAAGCCCAAAGGACCUUUAUUAUCAAAAUGAUUCUUCUGAACCCAGCUGUGCCCCUGCCCCGCCCUCUUCCAGCCCUCCCUGGGCGUGGGUCUUGAAGACUUUAAUCAGUGCUCGCACCAAGGGCCCAGAGGAGCAGGGAGGCCCGCCUUGUCUCGUUCUCACCUUGAGAAGGCUGAACACCCCACAUCCGCCUCCUCUCUGGGACUGGGCUCCCUUCCUGUGCCUGCAGAGAGGGGCUGGUCCUUCCCCUCGGUGCUGGCUCUCAGUCACAAUGCCUCAAAAGACAUGGAACCCAGGCCGACAACAGGCCCAACUGCUAAUUUUUCCCUUUCCUUUUGCUUUCUAAAAGCAGUUGUUAUACUGUUCAUAACAUUGUAUAGUUUAAUUUCAUGUCAUUUUGGAUCUUCUAUAAAAAUGUGAAAAUUUGGAUUUUUAAAAAGAAUGACUCCAUUUUAGAUAGCCCCUUUUGAUGUUAAUAUAUAGUGAGUCCAAUGUAUGCUUUAGAAGUAAAGACAUUGACCAUCACAGACCAAAGCACUGCUCAUUCUGGUCAUUCUUCCCCUGGGGAGUGAUGGGGCAUGGAGAGAGAGACAGAGGGGUACAGGAGCGGGCGGCCUCCCGCCCUGCUGGAGGUCUAACUGCACCCCGGUGGAGGGAGCCAGGCUGGGAGGGAUGGGCAGCUUGUGGAUGGGGAGAAGCCGGGAGCCUGGCAUGGCAAAGCCUGAAUGGUGGCUCUGCCCCUGCGGGAAACCAGGGCUUGCUCAGUGCAGUGGUGGCCCCAGCCAGGAGCCCUGACCCAGAGGACUUCCUGCUCUUGCCCCACUCUCCCGUGGCCAUCCAUCUGCAUGUCCAGCUAGCCGCCUCCCUUCUCCACCUUCCAACCCGCCUUUUUUCCGUCCCCUGCCCAGACCCCCAGUGGGCCAGCUGUGACUCAGGCUCCUUCCAUUUCUCAAAGGCAGGGGUAGAGAUGGCGGGAGAAACAGCCUACCCAGGCCAGGGGAGGGUGGUCAGCCCCUUACUCUGGAGGUGAGGGUAGGAUAGAAAGUCAAGAGGAUGAGGAGCUGCCCAUGCCACGGGGGGCUUCAAAACUGGGUGCAGAAGGCUAGUGGAAAGGCCAAGGCAGUCCCUAGAGGUGACACACCCCACACUCCUCUACUCCCUCUGUGUGUGCCCAUGCUUGGGAGGACCUCCCUUGAGGAGCCAUGCGAUCCCUUCCUGCAGGUGUCCACUUGUCAGCCGGAGGACACCCAGCGCCCCUUGUGCCCAGCCAGGCUUCCAUCCUGCCUUCCUUGCUAGCCGUGUGACCUUAGACAAAACCCACCUACCUUGAAGAGACUUCUGGAAAGCACCAGCAUGUGCUUUAUAGCUUCAGGUUGCCCUUCCUGAAUGGACGAUGGUCUUCUUUGUGUGCCUGGGGCAGGAGGAGCCCUGGUGGGGUGGGGCUGAGCUCACCAGGAGCCAACAGUGACUUUCUCCUGCUCUGUCUCCAUCCUCUCUUCAAAGCUCCCACGUGGCCCUCAGCCCUGCUCUCCAGUCUGCGCCCAAACCAGGGCAGUGAAUGGGGCCUGGGAGCCCGGGUGAUCAGGUUCAAGUCCUAGCCUUUUGAUAAAAAGCGACCCCAGGCACCUGUUAUCUGCCCCUCUUGGGGCCUCAGUUCCCCAUCUGAAGCAGAGGUCUUCACCCUGAUCUCUGAGGGUCCUUAGAGACCUGACACUCUGAUUCUGGGAAGGUGACAGGAUGAACCUGUGUCUCCUUUUCCUCUCCCUCCCUCUCCUGGCCUCGAGCCUUACGUCUUCCUGUCUCAGCCUGGCUUCAGCUGUAAGCCGCAGGAGUGGUGCGGACCGGCUUGAGCAGGUGUCCGCUGCAGCUGAUCACCGCCCACCCACAGGCCCAGGAGCCCCCACAAUGUCCUGCGUCCCACGGUGGAUGUGAAUCUCCCUCUUGUAGAGCCGAGCAUUUUCAUGAGGGGACUUCAGACACUGUGAUGCAGGGUGUAAACUAAUACCACCUCCUUUGGUCUCUGGGCAUCAUGCACUUUGCCCUGACCACUGAUAGCAUAGGGAAAAGGUGGGACCCUGGGGUGAGCUUUGACAUCAGGAUGACCGCCGAUGGGGCGGAGCAGGAGGGAGAGGUGGACAGAGACCUCCCACUUGGGAGUUUGCAACUCUAGGGUGAGGGCACAGUGAAAUGGCUUAUGUGGAGGGUAGGGCAUAGGGUGGCCACUCAGGAGAGCAGAACAGUUGGAAGUCAGAGGCCAGAGGGGCUGCCCUAACUCUUCCCUCCAAUGUCGGGGCUCUCCUAACCCCUAGCCUGACACCCCAUUCAUAACUCCUAUCCCUCCACCUGCUGGUCAGAGCCUCCUACCAUCUCCAGGAGAUGGGCUGCGCAGACCUGAGUAGUCCCUUCUGGCUGACCAAAGCCACACAUUGGUGAUGAAGGAGGCCUGGAAUUGUGGGGGCUGGCCUGGUAGGGAACAGACAGGGGAUGGGUCAGCCCUGGGCUCUGAACCUCCCAGGCCUGGGGCUCUGGUUCCAACCCACUCUUUGCAGCCCAGGAAGCCAGGCACAAUGGCUGGCCCUGGUGCUGGGGCGCAGUGCUGGCUCCGGGUCAAACCAGGGGCUAGGAAAGCUCCUUACCAGCUGGCAGAGGGGGUGGCCAGCCCUCUGGUGGGCCCUCGACUCCCUGAGGGGUUAAAGCCACCAGACUCUAUCUCCCCAUCUGCGCAGAGGCCUCCUCAGACGCCUUUGUGAAGUUUUCUGUGCGUCUCCAGUCCUCCAUCCUGACCUCCCACCUUCCUGCCUCAUUUCCCUCCUCCAGAGCAGGCCUCAGACAGGCCCAUGGGCAGUUCCAGUCUUGGACGUUGGCCCGGGGCCUCCUAGGCUGUGCCUGGCUGGGCUGUGAUAAGUCCACAUCCCAUCCUCAAAGGUGGAGGGGGGGUGUUUCUUUGUUCCUUGAAGGUCAUGCCUCCAGGAAAAGCCAUGGCCCUAUUGAUUGUCACAAAUCUACAAAGAUUCUAGGCCCGGGAUGCCCAGUUCUCCUCGGGGUCCUGAGAAGGAGGUCAACAGGAGGAGUGGGAAUAGGGGGCGCCCGCGGGGUCUCCCUCUUCCCUGUGUGUGCCUCCUCAACCUAGGUCUGCAUUCCUGCCUUUUUCAUCCCUGAGCUGCUGCUGCAGGGGCACACAGCUAAGACUUCAGAGGAGAGAGGUUUGAGGAUUUCAUGUAUCAAAGGGUAGGGUCAGAAAUGUCAAAGCUUCAGAUUUUUAGCACAAAAGAUUAAGCGUGAGCCCUCCCUGACCCUCCCCUCACCCCUGAUCCAUCCCCAUUGCCAGCCCCAGGCCCUGGGUGAGGAUGUGUUUUGUGUGUUACUUUGUCAUGAACACAACUAUUACUUUGUAGUAGUUGUUUCAUUUAGCCCAGAUCUGUGCGUGGUUCCUAGGUGGCCCCAGGCCCCAUUCUUGAGCCUCCCUGUUCACUCAGAGAGAUAAAAGAAGCCUCCAAGUGCAGUAUUUCCUUAGAGCCAACUGUGGGCCAGAGGCUAGGAGUUGUUCUAUUGUAUCGGGGAAGACUGGCGGCGAGAAGGGAGCACUUGAGAGAGGCCUGCCUUCCGAGAAAUGGUGGGACUUGGGUAGGAAGAGAUGGGGAAGGAUUUCCGGUGGGAGGAAGGUUUUGAACAAAGGUGAGGAGGCAGGCAAGAGUCUGGGUGUUCAGAACAGCAAGGAGGCUGGUGGGGAGUUUGGUGUAGGGUAAUGCAUUGAGCCCCAGGGCCAGGGACGUGGAUUGGAGGCCUGGCCAGGAAAACCUGUGGGUGAGGCUGUGGAGGCUAGACUGUCCCCAAGGUAGUGGCCAUAAGAAGUCUUUCUAAGGUGAUCUAUUUAUGAUGAGUAAGGAGUCCCCUGAGGUUGAAGGGACUUCGAGGCCAGGAGACAGUGACCCAGACUAGGUGGGAGUGGGGCUUCUUCCCAUCUCUUGGCCUCUGGGUGGGAUUAUCAGAUGUCCCUGCCUCCAGGAAGCCCCCUUGGGUUUUCCCCCCACUCUUGGCUUGUAUUUCUCUCAUAGCUAGAAGGCAGUGGAAUGUGGUGGCUGCAAGCUCAAGGGUCAGGUAGGCAGGCUUUGGUUCCCAGCUCUGCCAAUCACCAGCAGUGUGACCUCGGGCCAGGCACUUAACCUCCCUGAGUCCAUUUCAUCACCCAUAAACUGGGUCUAAAAUUACCCACCUCAUGGUGUCUGCAAAGUGUUUAAUACAUUGUCUUGCGGUUAAAAAAUAGAAAGUGUUAGGGUGCCUGGCUGCCUCAGCCAGAAGAGCAUGUGACUCUUGAUCUUGGUUGGGGUCCUGAGUUCGAGCCCUGUGUUGGGCAUAGAGAUUAAUUAAAAAUAAAUAAAUUAAUUUUAAAAAUUA